AUGAACAGCUGUGGUCCAGCCAGGCUCUUAGACCUUGCAAACCAGAGCCUGUUGAGGAAUGAGACCUGGAACAUUGCCGCUCUGGAGUGGCUUCCCACUGAACUCUUUCCACCCUUGUUCAUGGCUGCUGUCACUGGGAGACACAGCCACAUGCUGAAGGCAAUGGUGCAGGCCUGGCCUUUCUCCUGCCUCCCUCUGGGGGUUCUGAUAAAGGCUCAACACUCUUGCAGGGAGAUCUUACAGAGAGCACUGGACGGGCUUGAUGUUCUGGUUGCCCAGAAGACUUACCACAGGAGAUCAAAACUGAAAAUGCUAGAUUUAAGGGAGAAAGAAGCCUCCCUGGAUGAAUGGUCUGCUUUCCUGAUUCAGGGGGUCCCGCAAAGGAAAGGUCUGCUACACCUGAGCCACACGAAGCUGAAGAUUGUUGCAAUACCACUCCGGAGUGUAGAGGAGAUGCUGAAAAUGGCUCACCUUUAA